AAGACUUAGUAAACUGUUUUUUGUUUCUUUCUUUUCUCCGACAUCGAUCGUCUUGGUUUUCUCUCAAUUGCUUUGUUUCUGAUAAUCCCAAUUUGCUGAAGAAAGAUCGAAUCAUGUCAAUAGUUGGAGAGGCUGCUCUUUCUGUUUCGUUUGAGCUCUUGUUUCACAAGUUAGCUUCUUCCGACUUUCUCAACUCUGUUACUGAAAAAUAAGUCCGCAGGAAGCUGGAGGAGUGGCGCAAAAUACUGCCGAGUAUUCAAGCAGUGCUCAACGAUGCUGAGGAAAAGCAAAUGAACGAUCAGAGUGUGAAAAUUUGGUUGGCUGAACUACAAGAGUUGGCCUAUGAUGUGGAUGACGUCUUGGACGAGUUCGCCACCGAAGCUUUACGUCGCAAGUUGCAAGGAAGAGAUGAAGCCAGCUCAAGUAAGAUGGAAGAGAUCACCGCUAGACUGAAUAGUUUGGCACUACGAAGAAGUCAAUUGGAAUUGAGGGAGAUUAGUGGAGGUGGAAGGUCUAUGAAUAUGAAAUCCAGGCUGCAACCUACUUCUCUGGUGGAUGAAGCUCAUGUGUUUGGUAGGGAAAAACAAAAGUUGGAAAUACUUGAAUUGCUCAAAAACAGCGAUGGCGGUGAAGAUGGAGUUGCUGUGAUUCCCAUUUUUGGAAUGGGAGGGGUUGGUAAGACAACUCUUGCCCAACUUGUUUACAAUGAUGAUAGCAUUAGCAAUCUUUUUUAUCUCAAGGCUUGGGUAUGUGUUUCUGAUGAUUUUGAUGCAAUUCAUAUCACAAAGACAAUUUUACAGUCAAUUACUUCAGAGUCUAUUGAUCAAAAUGAUUUAAAUUUGCUGCAAGUUAAGUUGAAGGAGAAGUUAUCUGGGAAAAGGCUUUUGCUCGUUUUGGAUGACAUUUGGAAUGAGAAUUACAAUGAUUGGACCAUCUUGCGCUCUCCUUUUGGGGUGGGAACAAAAAUUAUUGUCACAACUCGGAGUGAAAAAGUCUCAUCAAAUGUGGUUACUGUUGAACCUUACCCCUUGCGUCAGUUAUCGUAUGAUCAUUGUUUAUCUAUAUUUACCCAUCAUGCAUUAGGGGUAAGAGAUUUCAGUGGACAUCCACAAUUGAAAGAAGCUGGAGAGAACAUAGUAAGAAAGUGCAAUGGGUUGCCUUUAGCAGCAAAAGCCACUGGGGGCUUGUUACGCACUGUUAUGGAUCAGCAUGCAUGGAAAGAUAUAUCCAAUAGUGAGAUAUGGGAUUUACCAAAUGAGCAAUGUGGCAUAAUGCCAGCUUUACGGUUAAGUUAUCAUCAUCUUCCUUUGCAUUUGAACCGAUGCUUCGCAUAUUGUUCUAUUCUUCCUAAAGAUUAUGAAUUUCAAGAACAGGAGAUAGUUUUGUUAUGGAGAGCAGAAGGUUUUUUACAGCAGAUAAAACCUACGAGUCCAAUUGAAGGUCUAGGUAACCAAUACUUUCGAGAUCUACUAUCAAGGUUAUUUUUUCAAAUAUCUAGUACGGAUAAAUCUAGAUUUGUAAUGCAUGACCUUGUCAAUGAUUUAGCUCAAUCAGUUGCAGGAGAAAUAUGCUCAAAAUUGGAGGGUGAUAAACGGCCGCAAUUCUCAGAGCGCACUCGACAUUUCUCUUAUAUUGUGGAUCGGUAUGAUGGGGUGAAAAAAUUUGAAACAAUUGAUAAAAUGAGGUUCUUACGAACCUUUUUGCCAUUUAAGUUGUCAAGUGAAUGGUUUAAUUACCAUUUAAGCAACACCGUCCUCGCUGAUGUGUUGUCUGAACUUAGAUGUCUAAGAGUGCUUUCUUUGAAGGGAUAUUGCAUCAACGAGUUGCCAAAUCAUUUUGAAAAUUUAAAACAUCUAUGCUAUCUAGAUUUUUCUUAUACGGUAAUCAAAAGAUUACCUGAUUCACUCUGUACCCUUUGCAAUUUAGAAAUCCUGAUAUUAAAGGGGUGUAAAAGCCUUGAAAUGCUACCCUCAAAAAUAGGAAUUCUAGUAAACUUGCAGCAUCUUGAUAUUACUAGUGCAAAUUUAUUAAAAGGGAUGCCUUUUGGAAUUGGGUUGGAGAACAUUGUUAAGGCUCAAGAUGCAUUGGAAGCUAAGUUAACUGAUAAGUCAGGCCUUGAUGAGUUAAAACUUAAGUGGAGUGUAGAUUUUGAUGACGCUACAAGGCAUAAAGAAGUUGAAGAGGAGGUGUUGAACUUUCUUCGUCCUCAUAGAGGGCUUAAGGAGCUCACCUUAAAAAAUUACGGUGGUACAAGAUUUCCAACUUGGGUGGUGGAUCCUUCAUUUCAAAAUUUGUUGUCUUUGAAUCUCAAAAACUGCAAAAAUUGCAAAUCACUACCAUCAAUUGGAAAAUUACCCUUUCUCAAAGAUCUUUUUAUUGGGGGAAUGGAUGAGGUAAUGAAGGUUGGUGUUGAGUUUGUUGGAGAGAAUAAGGCAAAUGCAUUUGCAUCGUUGGAGAGAUUGUGUUUUCAGGAUAUGCCAAAAUGGAAGGAGUGGGACCUUUAUGAAGCUGAUGAGCAAAUUAUGAAAUUCCCAAGCCUCAAAAAGCUUUCCAUCAUUAACUGCCCCCAAUUGUUGGGAAGGUUGCCUGAACAUCUUAAUUCCUUAGAGAAGCUUCUAAUCCGUAGUUGUACAAAAUUGGUGGUUUCAGUUUCAAACCUUCCAAUGCUGGUUGGAUUAGAGAUAGAUGGGUGUGCAGAAUUGUUGUUUGGCGAUUAUGCAUACUUUCGCUUGUUGAAAAAAGUCUCUCUUUCAAAUAUUUUCAAGUUUUGUACUCUCAUGGAGAGGCUGGUGCCAAGCUUGACCAAAGUUGAGUAUUUGAAGAUUGAUGGUUUCAAGGAACUUACACAUGUAUCGCAGGGGGAAUUGGGAUUACUAAGGCAUCUAAGAGCCAGAGGAGUAGAGGAGGAACAGUUGCAACUUGGGAAGCUUUGCAAUAUUGAAUUUCUUAAAAUAAGUAAAUGCGAAAGGCUUAAGAGACUGCCACAACUCUUGCACUUCCUUAAAUUUCUCAGAGAGAUAGCAAUUUACGAAUGUCCAAGCAUAGUUUCUUUUUCAAAGAAUAACUUUCCUCCUGCUUCAAAAACAUUGACGAUCAAUGAUUGUGUGAAUUUUCAGCAAUGUUUGUUGGAUGAAGGAGAAAAUAUCUGCAUCAGUAACACAUCUCUUCUUGAGUGCUUGGCAAUUGAAGGGUGUCCAUCUCUAAUUUGUUUAUCAUUACCUAUUAGCCUUCAAUAUCUUGUAGUUUCGAACUGCUCCAAGCUAGCUUCCUUAUCAUCAAGCGGCAAGUUACCCUUAGGGGUUAAAAAAUUAGUUAUUCGUAAUCUCCCGGAGCUGGAAUCCAUCACACAAGCAAUUCAUGAAAACGCUUGUCUUGAAUGUGUUUGUAUUUGGAGUUGUAAAAAUGUCAAAUCUUUGCCGCGAGGAUUAGACAAGCUCAACCAUCUUCGGAAGAUUGAAUUAGCAAGUUGUCCAAAUCUGGUUUCCUUCUCAGAAAGUGGGUUGCCAACCACCGAGCUAACAGACCUCUCAAUCUUGGGGUGUGAAAAUUUUAAAGCUCUGCCCAAUUGCAUGCACAACCUCACCUCUCUUCAGAUAUUGGUGCUGCAUAGAUGUUCAGCUGAAACAUCGUUUCCAGAGGAGGGUUUUCCAACCAACCUAAAAGUACUUUCCAUCUCAUCACCCAAAAUUUGUAGGUCACUACUUGAAUGGGGAUUGCAUAGGCUCACCUCUCUUAAAGAAGCUUCUAUUUUUGGUGAAGGAUGUUUGGAUGUGGUGUCAUUUCCUCAAGAAGAGGCUGGAAUGAUGUUGCCUCCCUCUAUCACCAAAAUCUUCAUAGCAAAUUUCGAAAAUCUGAAAUACCUGUCCUCCAAGGGCUUUCAAAAUCUCACCUCUUUCAAGAAUUAUCCCUUCAUAAUUGCCCUAAGCUCACAUCUCUUCUGGAAAAAGACGUGCUUCUCUCGCUUUUAA